ACCAAAGACGUUUAUCAAAGGAUUAACCCCGCUUUUCACAUUAAAAUCUAAAAAGGAUUGUGACGAUUCUGUGCAUUGUGAUAGCACAACUUCCGACCGGGUGCCUUCAGUAUAAAAGCUAGCAGGCGCUUUGGUGUAACAAAACAGUGCGACGACUCGUGGGCAAGGCCUUUUACUGCGAAGGAGCGAAGAGAUUGACCGGAAGCUGUCUUGCGGCACGCGAUGGUCGGUCAUCGCUCGCUCGAAAAAUGGCGGAAAUGUGUGCAGCUUUAGGAAGGUCUUCUAUUCGAGGCGCUGCAGUAUAAACCUCGAACCCUGGACCAUUUCCAGGUUGUGUCACUGUGAUGACCUCCUACAACGGGAUGCAAAAAGAAGAGGACGAUGACAACACCAUGCACAACAAAUCCACCCCUCAAGAGCCCACCCAGUCAUUCCAGUGCAGCCGUUGUCCACUCAACUUCAUGUCCGAGGUCUUCCUGUUUGAACACCUCAGUCAUGUCCACGGCUCUGAUCUAGAGUUGAAUAACCAUGCCAAGAAAGGCUCUCCUCAAAGCACCCCGGAAAGCCCACUUGGCGGUCUUCAAACCAGUCCCUCGGAGGUUUUGAACCACCGUGAAGAUGGAAAGAUUUUGAAAGAUGAUGUAACCGAAAUGCCAGAGAUUGAAAUAAUGGCAGUGUCAGCCAACCAUCAUGAUCAAGAAGAAGAAGGUAAAGAGGUACAUUUCCUUUCUACCUCAAGAGAGACUCUUAACUCAUCCAAGGAUCUGAAAACAUACAAAAAGAUGCUACAAACCUCCACCAUCAGCAACUACUUUACAGUCACCGAUAGCCAACAAGACAUGUCAGACAAUGAAUCAGACAACAUGUCAGAUGACGUUGCCGCUUCCCAGUCCACAAUCGACAUAUCGAACAACAUGACUUACUUGCGGGAGGACCACCUCUACCAUGCCGAUUUGACGCGCCCCAUCUUUCCAGCAUCCGCUUUGGAGAGCAAGAGAACCUCCAACGCAGACAAGACAACACUAGAAUCGACAGACAAGAAGGAGCUGUCCUUCGAAGUAAGUGAAGAUGACGAAGACAAGCAGGUUAGCCCCUCGACCUACAGCUGCAAGCACUGUAGUCACAAAGACGGCAGCUUAAAACACAUGUCUGUUCAUUACCAUAAAACCCACCCGUACAUACGCUACAACUCUGACUACAUCCAGGACUGGAAUGAUCAAAGUGCCACCUUCCGAUGUUUGGUGUGCCCCGUUGAGUUCCUGAAUGAAGAUGACCUCAGGAAGCACUGGAGCGACGAGCAUGCUGGGUCCCCGGAUAUUUUCACUUUGGAACUACACCAAAUCAACUUGGUGUUUAAAUGUUUCACCUGUGUGUUUACUACCAACACUUUGGAAAUGCUUAGAGAGCAUUAUAAAGAUAGGCAUCCCAUGGACAAGACACUUAAUACAUUGAUGUUCCUCAAAUACAUUUCGACUCAACGCAGAGAAGACCUGUCUCCCGUCAAGACCCCCGGUUUAGAAACAACAGAGCCCAAUGUAGCCUUGUACCAAUGCAAGAGCUGCCCAUUUCGUCACAAGUCCGUCAUCGUCUUGCAAGUCCAUUACCAAAAAAAUCACCUCGAAGAAGCUGUCACCAUUGACAAGAUAAAACAACAGGCUGGCGUUUCACAGAAAAAGAGGCUAGAAUGUCCAAGCUCAGAUGUGCAAAUAAAAUCCAAGGACAAAGUUGAGACCCUAGAAGCUAUGUUGGAAUCGUCUAUACCUGAGAAAGUCAGAGAAAGCUCAGAAGCUCAGACAAAAACCAAGUACAAAGUUAAGAUCCUUGAAGCUAAGCCAGAAUCUUUUAUACCCAAGAAGGUUCAAGAAAGACCCGAAGCUCAAACGAAAACCAAGGACAAAGUUAAGAUCCCAAAAGCCAAGUCAGAAUCAUCUAUACCAGGGAAAGUUCAAGAAAGCUCCGAAGCCCAAACGAAAACCAGGGACAAAGUUCAGAUCAUAGAAUCUCAGUCGGAAUUGUCUAUUCAUGAGAAAGUCAGAAAAAGCUCCAAAGUUCAAACGAAAACCGAGGACAAAGUUAAGAUCUUAGAAGCUAAAUCAAAAACUCUUAUAACAGAGAGAGUCGACUCCCCAGAGGACCCAAACAAAGUAGUUGAUUCAACCCCUGAACAAACUCAUAAAGCCGAGGGGUACAUCCAGAAUCGGGUGGUUAGAACAUCAUCGCUCAAUUCCAUUGCUGCUAAAUAUAAAGAAUUUAAGGUAAAGCGCAAAUUGACGCCUUCAAACAUUUACGCGAGUCCUGAGAAUUUGUAUUUCUGCUAUAAGUGCAACUACGGGAAUCCCACCAUCAAAGGAGUUAUGGUCCACCAGUUUCGAACACACAAUAAACUCCGGACCACCAGUGAACACAUUGUGGGCUACACGACUAAGAUUCACAGUAGGUUGCGAAAAUCCAUAUCUCACACAGAGGAUCCGUCUUUUCCUCCCUUGCUGCCUCUUCCCAUCUUGAACGAGGGUGACGAGCACACGUUUUUCUGCCACUUUUGCCACUACCGGCGGAGCACUGUCUCCAAGGUGGUCCAGCACUAUGUCAGGAGGCACAAUGGCCUGGUGGCCACACCCAAAGAGAUUCAAGCGUACACGUUUAGAACUCUGGAGCUGUUGCAGAAAACUGAUGUCAGCGAGAAAGCCCAACAUAAAAAGACAGCAAAAAAACAACAAGUCCCACAGAAGUUAAAGAGCCUCCAGUGCAAGGGUUGCACUUACAAGACUCACAACCCAAGUCUUUUGCGGAUACACAUUCGCAAGUGCCACCGAGGAAAUCACUCCAGUUCAGGCGUUUUAAAAGUGUACCUCAAGCAAGGGAAUGUACAAUCCGGCUACCAGUGCGAUUUAUGCCCAUUUUCCCACCAGAAAUCCACCACGUUGUAUAAACACUACCGCAAGGAACACCCCGAGAGCAGGUCCAGCCUGGAUUUCAUCACCACCCGCUUAAAGGAAGGCCACAAAAGCUCUCCUGUUAAAAAGAAUAUCCAGAUAAAACAUCUGAACGAUAGGGAUGAAAGCAACAUCACCAGGCAGAGUGACACCAGGACUUAUUCGUGCCGAGCAUGUUCAUUCCAAGGGACCUCAGUGGCAGGCAUUAUGGACCAUUACCACGCUGUCCACCCCUGGUGCUUAAAGGAAAAUGGCUUAGUGCCCGGUGUGGGCAGCCGGAACAAGGCAAGCAGUAGCAAGAACGAAGACGGCCACCAGGAACUGCUCAGCUGCUUCAACGACUACCAGAUCCCUCUCGAUUCCCCGAGUAUGUCACCGGAACGCAACAAAUCACACCAGUCCCCAACCCAGGAGGACAGCAACAGCGCUUCCAAAGAAUCCAAACAUGGUGUUGAUCUGGAUGAAGAAACCCACGUGCACGUCUUCAAGUGUCCGUACUGCACCUACGUUAACACCAAGCAUCAGGGGGUCCUCACUCACUGCCAGAUGAGGCACUCGGCCCUCCAGUCUCAAGCAGACAGCCUGUAUGUGGAUGAGGUGCACUUGCGCAACUGGGAAAUGAAGCAGAAGGACCAGGAGGGCGAUGCAUUGCACUUCCGCGGCUACAUGUGUGAACUCUGCCCACAGACCCAUGAGACUAGGGAGAAGCUAAGGAGACACCGGGAGAAGGACCAUGGCGAAACCCCGCCGGACGCCACUCGCGUGCCGAAGGCAAGAAAAAUGCAUGUUAACAUUCCCAAAAGCGUCUCUUACAAAAUCAAAAUGACACUUUUCAGGUGUCAGCAGUGCACGCACAGCUGCAGCAACAAGAUAGCCUUUGGUCGUCACAUGCGCUUAAAGCACAACAGUGCCGCUUUUCAGGAUAGUCGCUACAGUUGCGUCCUGUGCUCCAAUUCCUACUACAAGAAGAAACGCCUCGGGGGCCAUUACAAGGAUAAGCACGGCCAGGACGCCUACCUGAAACACUUUUUACCACUCUACGAGCAGGUCCCUGAUACGCCACCAGAACCCAAGGACAACUCUGUAACCAAGAGCAAAAGACUAGUCUAUAAGUGUCCGCGUUGCCCUUAUUUCAACUCACGCAUGCACGGCAUGGCCACACACUGCCAGAUGAUGCAUCCCGACCUUAAAGUCCGAAUGAACGAGUUUGAAAGGAAUGAGAUCAUCAUAAGUAGCAACUACCAGGCGGGCACCAACAACAAGCGAGGCUACUUGUGCAACUUGUGUAUAGGGGUUUCCGUGUCCCUCAAGAAACUUGCCAUCCACUGCGCCAAUAGGCACGGCGGGGCUUCCAAGCGGGAAAAGGAAAAUUCUGCGUCUGAAGAUCUUCAUUCUCGGGCAUCGUUAUUGGAGGCUACCUCUUUGAUUGAUGCGAAUCCUGAUGGAAAACUGCCUAAAAAAGUGGGGGAGUCAUACUUUGUGUACAAGUGCUUGCUGUGUUCUUAUUCGUCGGUCAUCCGGAAACGCCUGGGAGGCCAUUACACCAAACGGCACGGAAAGACUGCCUUCCUCAAACACUUUGCCCCGCUGUACCUUCGCAAAGUCAAAAAGCCACAUUCGACUCCAGAGGUAGCUGUCUCUGAACCACCAGAAAACCCUCCGGAAGAAGGAGAGGAAUUGCUGUACCAAUGCCAGAUGUGUGAGUACAAAACCUGGGCGCGCCGCUACCUGACGUAUCACUACAAUAAUACCCACAAACUUGAUGUGGAGACUAGAGACAGGCUGUUGAAGGAGUACAAUAAACGCAAAAGACCUCCCCCUCAGGAUCUUCCUCCAGACUUGGAGCAAAGCCUGCAAGAUCCCGAGCAGACAGCCCCGACUAGAUGCAUGAAGUGCCCAGACUUGACCUUGGAUUCGCCGCAGCUUCUACUCUCCCACUACUGUGCUGUCCACCGCGCCGAUCGCCGCAUGGACUUCACUGUGAUCCACCCGGCGGGCCGCGCCACGGGCGUGUACCGAUGCAUGCGGUGCCACAAGACGCUGAAUGGGAUCAGGAAGCUGGGGCGACACCUUGAUCAGCACCGGGAGAAGAGUUUGUUUGAGCUCAAGGCCAAAAAGAAGAUGGCAUCGCCACUUGGGAAGAAGAUGGUCAAAUCGAACACGCCGGACACGACAGUGGAAAGGCUUUCGGGAUUUAAUGCAAUACGAGACGAAGGCUCCCCCUUGACCAGCGGCAUUGUGGUGUCGCCUCAAAAGCCCACUGAUAACGGGCAAACUGAUGCGGAGUCGCUAAGCGAGUGUCAUGCGUGCAGCCAGUGCCAGCGCACAUUCAAGUCGCGCAAUGGUCUGCGGACGCACAUGCGCAGCCAUGAGGCGCUGGCGGCCAUCAAGAAGCUGCCAGCAUCAUUGUCACAGCUCAACCUGAACAAAUAUCUUCUCCACAAGCCUGGGACUAUCCGUCCUUUUCAGUGCGCCAUCUGCUUCUAUCGUACCAACCUGAUGGGCCUGUGGACCAACCAUUUGCUGAAAAACCACCUUGAUACCAUCAUAGAAACCUGUGACCACAAAGACGAGACCAGUGUGACUCAUAGUGCAGACAAGGAUGCUCCACAUUUAGGCCACCAAGUCAUUAGUGUGGGCAAAACUAAUGAAGGGCGUAACAAAGACUGGUACCUGGAGCCCCCAGAGGUGCGACGCCAGCUUAGCCACCUGAGUCUAAUGGCUCAGAACGGAGCUAGUACCAUGGCGGCCACCAGGCAGAAUGGCAGCAGUGGCCUGUUCUGCUGCGAGAACUGCUCCUUCUUUUCCAAGGACCUGCCCAGCAUGCGGCGACACUACGUCAGUAGACAUGGCAGGAAGAUGUUGGCGUGCAAGGACUGCGACUUCUUCACCGGCUUAAAAAAAGCCAUGAAAAUCCACAUGGAAACAGAUCAUUCCAUGUUCCAGAAAGAAGCUCCUCCACAAGACGGCCUUCGCUGUCCCUUCUGCCUCUACCAGACCAACCACAAGAACAACAUGAUCGACCACGUCCUGCUGCAUCGUGAGGAGCGCGUGGUUCCCAUGGAGGUGAGGCGGCCCAGGUUGUCACGCUAUUUGGAAGGCCUGGUGUUCCGCUGCCACGUGUGCACAUACACAAGCGCCAGCGCCGACAACCUGCGCUCGCACGUCGCCAAGCACGAGCGUAUCAAGCCCUACCGAUGUCGCCUGUGCUACUUCGACUGUGCCAGGCUGGCUGACCUGGAGGCCCACCUGUGCGCUAAGCAUCAGGUGAUGAGGAACCAUGAGCUAGUGGGGCAAGUCAACUUGGAGCAACUAGAGGAGGUGAAGCUCAAAGAGAGGCUUGAAGAUGAGGAGCAGGACAACAACAACAAGGAGGAGGAGGAGGAACAGAGGUUCAACCCUGAGAAUGCGGAAGACCUUUUCAGCCACGUGACGGAUGCGGACACAAGGAAGCCCACGGAGGAGGAAGACAGCAACCGUGGGGAUCACCUCCCCGAGACGGCCGUCGCUAAAUGGGAGCAUCAAAACAGCGCUGGUCCAUCUGAGAAGAGUGACGGCGACAAUUCCCAGCUUGCUCUUGGGAACCAAGAACAAGAAGAAGAGGGGGCGGUGGCGGAGGAGGAGCAGAUGUCCAACACUGAAAAUGCCGUAGACUUUUUCAGCCACGUGAAAGAGACUGACACAAGGAAGCCCACAGAGGAGGAAGGCAGCAACUGUGAGCAUCACCUACCCGGGAUGGCUGUUGUUAAACGGGAGCAUCAAAAUGGCGCCGGCCCGUCUGAGAAGAAGGACUGCAAAAAUUCCCAGCUUGCUGUGCUGAACCAAGAAAAAGAGGUGGUGGUGGGACUGGAAGAGGGGAGCUCCAAGGAACAAAACGAAAAAGACCACUGUUUGGAACUGCAGGCGCUGAACCUUGAAGCACACGAGGAGCACAAGAACCUGCGGCAUAUCCUUGAGCUGGAUGAGGAGAAUAAGGAGCAAGGAUCCUUGCACGGGAAGGAACUUCACACAGACUUCUUGGAAAGUUCUGGAAAAGCAGCCAAGAAAACGCUCAAGAGAGAAACCUCGGCCCAUCUUCUGGCAUUCUCCUUGGAGCCGCUCCGAGAAGACAAUGCCCACAAAAGGAAGCUAUGCGAAGGACUCAAAGAGGAAGGGAUGAAAGAGGAGGACGGACGAGAUGGGCAGAAAAAACGGAUCAAGAUGGAGGAUACGCGCAUUCAGCAAGAUGUCGAUAUGUCUGAGCUCAAAGAUGCCGACAAAAUAUUCCCUUGCAGCUUGUGUGGCCGAAACCUCCAAAGCGAAGCGGCACUGCAGAGCCACGCCUCUCGCCACGGAAUGUAGGCCACCAACAUUUGAACAACAUAACACUAUCAACACGACUCACAUUUCAGACUCCUUGCCUUGGAGAAAAAAAAUGAGAUUUUAAACAUUUUCUAAAGGAACAUUGUUUUUUGUUACACAGGUUUGUUUUGAUAGCUUAAAUAAAGCUUUGGAAACAGCCCUUAAAUGUCUUGACAUUUUUUCGGGGGAGCGUUUCUUCAUGUGAGUACUACUGUAUAAAAAACGAAACGCUUUAUUUAAUGUUUAGUGUUUUUUUGUUUUGUUUUUACUGGACCAAAAUGAAAUCAUAUGAUGCAUUCAAGUGCUGCAGGAUAUUUUGGCUUCCUAGUGUCUCAUCUCACAAACAAUAAAACAUUUUUUAUUUUUAAUGACAUUUGGUUUUGAUUGAACUGUUUUAUGUAUGCAGGAUGGUUGAAUAAAUUUCAAUGUUUUGUAUAUUUCA